GUAGCCGCGCUGCCAACACGGCAGUCAGUGUGGGUGCACCAGCCAUGGCGGUUUUAUGACGAGGUGUCUGUACACCUGGAUGCAUGCGCUGCGCUGCUGCACCUCGACGUAACAGACGCAGUGCUGCGGCUGGUCUCAACGCACCCCAAGACAUCCAGCAGCAGCAGCAGCAGCAGCAGCAGCAGCAGCACAAUGCGUGAGAGCGGGAACAGCGUGGCUGUGGAGGUGCUGCAGCGCCUCGACAUGCUGCUGCAGUACGUUGCUGGCAGCAGGUGUUUGUACACCCUGCUGCUGUCUAUAUUGCGGCUGCGAUUUCUGCAUUCUUUGCUGCCUGUGGGGCGCUUCCGAAUUGCAAUAAAGAAGGCAGCAGGAGGCAGCAGCAGCAGCAGCAGCAGCGCUCCAGCCAUCCCCCCCAGCCCGGCCACGGCCCAGCAGCAGCAGCAGCCGCUCGACCUAGAGACAGGAGAUGCUGCAGCAGGUGCUGCUGCUGCGACUGGCUGGGGCGGCGGCCUCGGCGGCCACUUCAUCCCUAUUGAGAGCGUAGCGCAGCAGCAGAAUCAGCAGCAGCAGCAGCAGCAGGCAGCAGCACAACGCGCUGCAGUAGAAGCAGUUGCUUCGGGCCCCAGCUGCGAGGCCUCGCCGGCACCUGACGGACGCUCUCCCAGUGCAGCAGCAGCAGCAGCAGCAGAAACUCGGGGACCCCUGAGCAGCCCCUCGGCCGCUGCAGCAGGUGACGACCCCAGCAACAGCAGCAAAAGCAGCAGCAGCAGCAGCAGCAGCGAGUACUGCGGCGUGGAGUGCGAAGCCGUGUGGGGUACUGUCCGUUUGCUACUGUUUGCUCGUGCUGCUUUUCUCUUCGGCGAAGCAGAAACAGCAGACCCUCAAGCUGCGUUGGCCCAGUUUGCCCUGCAUGCAGCGCAUGUGGGACUUGACGACGAGGAUUCGCCGCAGUUGCAGCAGCUGCUGUUUGCAAGGGACACCAGAGAAGAGCUCCGCAGCUGCAGGGUCAAGUCCAGCGGCGACCUGCUGGACGCCUCUUUGCUGCUGCUGGCGCCCCCCGUGCUUCGCUGCUUGUCGCGGUGUCUCAGCAGCAAAUUGCUGCGGCAGCCUUCGCAGCAUUCUUUUUGUUCUUUGGGCGAAGAUGCAGCAGCAGGUCAAUUCCUGGGCCUCACGCUGCUAGGGCUGUCCGCGCCUUACGUGGGUCUCAUGAAGUUUUUGCUGGAAUCCCCUCCGACUGCUGCUGCGCUAGCUGUUGGGGCCCAGCUCAGUUCGCAGCAGCAGCAUCAGCAGCAGCAGCAGCAGCAGCAGCAAACGAGGAGCUAUUUGAAGCCGAGCCACGCCGAAGGUAGCGGCAGCAGUAGCAGCAGGAGCAGCGGCAGCAGCAGCAGCUGCGGUAAGAGCAAUCAUGAGCCGCAGCAGCCCGCAGCGCAAGAACUGCAUAUCCCAGCAGCAGCAGCAGAACCGACAUGCGCAGCAGCAGCAGCUGCUGCUAUAGGAGCUCGGGACUUGAAAGGCAGUAUAUUUGAUGAGGGCAACGAGCACGAGACCCCUUUUGCUUCCCCCGCUAUACGGUCAGCAGCACCCCCCGCAGCAGCAUCAGCAGCAGCCGCAGCGGGACCCGUGGGCUUCCCCCCAACCCGCCCCUUCAGGGUAGUUGCUGCUCACCCGCAUGCAGACGCAGCAGCAGCUUCCGCCGCUGGUGGUGUUGCUUCUGGCACGGGAAGAAACAGCAGCAGCAGCAGCAGCACCCACAGCAGCAGCAGCCACACCAGCUAUGUUCGCUCCAAGCGGUCCCUCUCAAGCAGCGAGUUGGCCCCGUUGGGACGCCCACGGAGCGGAAGCACUGGGGAGCAGCAGCACCUGCAGCAGCACCAGCACCAGCAUGCGCAGCAGCAGCAGCAGCAGCGGCGGCAGCUGGCCAUUCCUCUUUCGCGGGUGCUGCAGCACGUGACAGAAGGGGCUGCUGCUUCGCAAAGCUCGCGCGUCUUGGCAGUGGUUCAGGACUGCUUGAGGCAUCAGCUAGCCCAGGACGGCGCAGCAGCAGCAACAACAGCAGCUGCUGCUGCUGCAGCGCCUGCAGCAGCAGGCAGCAGGGGCGUCGUCGUUGGCUAUGAAGCCUCGCUGCUCACUGUUUGCUGCCCCACUUCUUUUCUUUCUGCUUAUCUUCCGCCCUUUGCUGGUCACGCGUGGUCAGGUUUGCUGGCGAGUUUGCUGACGCUGUUUGCUACUGAGCCGCAGCAGCAGCAGCAACAGCAGCAGCAGCAGCAGCAGCAGCGAAUUGCCGCGCUCGCCAAAGCUAUCAUCAAGCAGCAGGAACAGCUGCAGCAACAGGCAGUACCCCCGAGAGGAUGCAUGCAGCACACGCUGCGGCUGCUGGGGCGGUGCGCCCAGGCCCUUAGUGCAGCUGCUGCUGCAGCAGUAGCAACGGGAGCAGCAGCAGCAGCAGAUGCGUCGGACGGCCUGCGUGGUGCGUCUCCCGCAACAGCCGCUUUCGGCGCUGCUUCCGACACGGCAGCGCCAGCAGCAGCAGAGCAAACUACCCCGCUGGCAGCAGCGGGACCAGCAGCAGCAGCAGCAGGAGCAGCAGCAGCAGCCAAAGGGAGCGGCGCAGCUCCUCUUGCUGCAUGCGCUCUUUUCUGCUCAAAACUCAGAGUGGCUCUCUUGUCCGUAAACGACGAAGACGUCUGCCGCCGCCUGCUGAUGGCUGCCAACACUGAGUUGCUGCUGUGCAGACUGCUCCUGCUGUGCCUGCCGGGCGACAACUGCGCGAGCGUUAUGCACCGCCGGCUGCUGCAGCACCAGCUGCUGAAGACAACAGUCAUGAGAGAUGCCCUGACAGUAUCUUCCUUGAAGCGCAAGUACAAGCAAGCUGCAAUGGUGGCCAGGAGACCUGCUGCUGCUGCUGCUGCUGCUGCUGAGGCCGUCGCUGGCGCUGCUCCCGGGGCUGCCGCUGCAACGAGGCCCGCUGCGGGUACUGCGCCAGGCACGCCCGCAGUGAGCGGGCAGCAGCAGCAGCAACAGCAGCAGCAGCAGAGCGUGCAGCAGCAGCAGCAGCAGCAGCAGCAGCAAACGGGGGAAAAGAAGGCCGCCUACGCCGCGUUGACUCCUCAAGGCUUUCUUUGCCACGAAACCCUCGAGUUGGAUUUCCUGCAGCUCUUUGAGAAGAAAGAAACUGUCAGACUUGCCUUCGUUCCGGGCCGGCUGGUCAGUCCGCUGCUGCUGGACGCCUCGCGGCACUUAUUUGCUGUUGCUGAGUGGGCCUUUCCGUUUCCUUACUAUUCGCUGCUGCUGCUGCGGGAAGCAGCAACGCGCCGCCUGCUGGGCAUCCCACGGGCCAUCGCCGCUAUCGGCAACCUCAAAAGAUUGGCAGCCGACCGCUACGCUGCUGAGGGAUCUUAUUCUGUGGUGGCAGCGGUUUUCUCUUCUGCUGCUGAUAGCGCUCUGGAGCUGCUGCGCCGAUCAGUUUGA